GGUCAAAAAAGUCAUAGUGUGUAAAUGUGUAAAACCUUUUCUGCUGCUUUCAGUUAGCUAUACCAGUUGCAACGUCAAGGUCAACUGUUCUUCAUUUUCCUACAACUUGCUCUCCAACAUAUCACAAGAAUAUAUAUAAUAGUAUUUCUAUGUGUAUCUUCUACAAUGUACCCACAUUAAUACAUUUUUGAGUAAUAUCAGAUAAUCAUCCUUUCGAAUAAUACGAUUAACAAAAUUCUAAAUGCACAUAUUUCACUACAUGACAUGUCAUUAUCGAAGGCAUAUGUGUGUCGAUGAUUCCGUUUGCGGGACAGAGAUUUAUCACAGCUUUUCAGAGUUCUUAUUGAAUUUUUGGUGGCAUUUUUUCUUCGCGUUUAACCUCGCGUGCACAGUGAAAAGAAUAAUGCGACAUAAUAUCAUUUUGUUUCUAAUUAAUGACAAACACGGGACGCGACUUGUUUGACAAUUUUGAGCAUUUUUAUUUUGUUAUAAAAAUGGAAUGUAUACAGUUUAGAAAGCGAAUAACAAUGUUCACCUUGCGAUGAUCAUUCAACUCAGUUUGUGAAUAUCUCAGUAAUAAAAACUGGUCUUCAUUACUACAGACGGUGACACUGGACUUAUUCAUUUUAAGACAACAUUAAAAGUUUGAGCAAUACAUGGUGUAAAAAGACAAUGAAGAAAAAAUAAAAUAGACAGAUUUAUGUCACAAACGUGUUCACUAAACGGGCUGUUACAUAUGCGUGUCAUCUCAAAUCUGACAUUAAUUUACAUUUGAAUCUAUAUAGAAAGUGAAGGUUUAACCCUUGUGUGCUCACAUUUCUGUUACUCAGCCAGUGCUCGUGGGUCUUGUGGAACCGCAUCAUUUUUGGGUUUAUAAUUUUAUAACACAAUCGAUUUUAGGUUAAAUUACUCAGCAGAUGUUUACUUCCUCUCUAUUACAAGCAAUGUAGACAAUAUAUAUGGUUCUCUUUAGAUCUCAUUUAUUAAUUUAAGUGUCACUCUUUUUCUUUCUUUUUUUUAAAUUAAACAUUGAAGCAACACACUGUGUAAAAAUACAGUAAAGAAGAAGAAGAUAAAUCUGGAUAGACUUAGAAACACUGGUACAUGUUACAGAGGUGUUCACCAUUACAUUACAUUUGUAUCUUAAUUUAAAUUAUCAUUUGAGAGUCUAAGAUAAGAUAAGAUCGUCCUUUAUUCGUCCCGCAGUGGGGAAAUUUAGUAAAGAUAAAGAUGAUAAAUAAUAAACGUUCACUUCCAAGAAGUACACUAUAAAAAGAUUUAACAAUAAGACUAUAAAAAGUUAAAAAAAGAUUUUUUUUCAGUUUCCAGAAUAUAUACAGUAUGGGCUUGAUAUUUACAUUAUAAACAGUUUGAACAUGGAAUAAAAAUGCAAUAAAUGACAGUAUAUUGCUGUUGUAAUGCGGUCUAUGUCAAUAUCAACUUUAAUCAUUUUCAGGAUGUUGCUUAUGUUUAAGUUUCCCUGUCAUCAGGAAUUUAAUCGGAGUGUGAUGAUAAUAAUAAAAAUACUAGUAAUAAUAACAGCAGAAAAAACAUAGAAUGUCUUUAUCAUCACCAGCAGCACUAACUCACUUCAGAUCCCUGAGGGAAAUAUUACUAGACUUUUCCAAAACACCUUCACAUAAGUCAUCAGUCCCUCAACUUAUUUAUUUAUUACUCUUAUAAUAUUAUGGGCUGUUUCCGAGUGGCCGAGCUGUGGGGCCGGUGUUGCGCGCUUUCUUAUGUAAAUGCAGGUCUGACAUCAGCAGUGAGAUCAAAGAAGGGCAGGGGUACUUAGAGCCGAGACUGCCCCCACUCCCACUCACACUCUCUCACUCACCGGGCUCAAGCUCACAGCUGCGCGCACACACACACACACACACACACACACUCUCUCUGUCUCUGUCUGUGAUACACACCAUGCGUACCUGUGCGGAGCUACUCUCUACCACCCAGUGCUGGAUUUUACCAAUGAGUCAGACUGAGAUUUAACACAGAGACAACACUCCUGAAAGGAUACUUGAACUACUUUUCUUCUAUUUGUCCGACUUGAUCCUGUGGAGAGAAGUGACCGGCGCUGCUGCUGCUGCUGCUGCUGUGAAGAAUUUAGAAGAGGAGGAGGAGGCCGUGCCGUGAGCUCUGACUUCUGAGUUUGAACCAAAAAGAAAAACACUCCAACACUCCAUUUUUACUUGUGUCCUGUGUGAAGUGGAACCACUGUCCAACCAUGAGGAGAAGCUCGCAUGUCCUUCCUCUCAGUGUGCUCACGGCUCUGCUGCUGUCUCAGGUCUGCUCUGGCAUCAAAUGGCUAGCGCUGUCCCACGUUCCGACGUCUUUACACGUCAACCAGACUCACCACUGUAAGCUGCUGCCCGGCCUGGUGUCCUCCCAGGCUCAGCUGUGCCGCACCAACCUGGAGCUCAUGCAAACCAUUAUCCAGGCGGCCCGCGAGGUCAAGAAGACGUGUCAGAAGACCUUCGCUGACAUGCGCUGGAACUGCUCCUCCAUCGACAUCCCCGUUGACUCCCCCAAGUAUCGUCCAGACCUCGACCGAGGAACGAGGGAGGCCGCGUUCGUCUACGCUCUGUCCGCCGCGACCAUCAGCCACACCAUAGCACGGGCGUGCACCUCCGGAGACCUGCGCCUGUGCUCCUGUGGUCCGAUCCCAGCUGAGAUCCCGGAGCCGGGAUAUCGCUGGGGCGGCUGCGCCGACAACCUGCACUACGGUUUGAUCAUGGGCUCCAAGUUCUCCGAUGCCGCCAUGAAGAUGAAACGCUCGGGCUCCCAUGCCAACAAACUCAUGCACCUGCACAACAGUGAAGUGGGCAGACAGGCUCUGAGAAAUGCACUGGUGAUGAAAUGUAAAUGUCACGGCGUAUCCGGCUCCUGCUCUAUAAGAACUUGCUGGAGAGGUCUGCAAGACCUGAGGGACAUCGCCAUGGACCUGAAGACCAAGUACCUGUCUGCCACCAAGGUGGUUCACAGACCCAUGGGGACACGCAAGCAGCUGGUGCCUAAGGAUAUUGACAUCAGGCCCGUGAUGGAGAACGAGCUGGUCUACCUGCAGAGCUCCCCGGACUUUUGUGCCAAGAAUGAAAAGCAGGGAUCUGCCGGCACACAGGGCAGGCAGUGCAACAAAACGUCCAUGGGCAGCGACAGCUGUGAGCUGAUGUGCUGCAGCCGUGGCUACAACCCGUACACGGAGAAGCUGGUGGAGCGCUGCCACUGCAAGUACCACUGGUGCUGCUACGUCACCUGCAAGAAGUGCGAGCGGAUCGUCGAGAGAUACGUGUGCAAAUGAGUCACCCAACCCCCCCAUCCGCCCGCCCGCCCGCCCGCUGCCGGCCACAUCAGCAGUCCUCUUCAUGUACUCAGCCCACCCGAGGCUCCAGAUUAACCAAAGCACUACAGUACAAAGAAGGCUUAAUCUUGCCUGAAGCUUUAGCAUGUGUAUCUCAACGAAGAAGUGGUCUUUUCCUUGUAUCACUGUCAAUUUUUUUGUAACAAAAUCUCUGUGCUGCCAGUCAGGCUUCUGUUAUUUUUUGCGUCACAAACCUGGAUGUGGCGCGUGGGACAACAGCCCCAGUCGUCCUAUGAGAAGACCACCGUCCUCAUGGGUUCUUUUUCUUUGUCAUGUUAAUGAUUAUAAAUUCCCCACACCGGGGAUUUUGAAAGUCUAUUUUAUUAUAUGUCUAUUAAAAAAGAAAUAAUAUUGGAUUUUAUGCUGGAAGGAGAGGAUUUGGAGACUUUUACAUAUUACUUUAUUCCAUGGGAUUUAAAGGGUUCUAACGGAACCGUGUGGUACAUUUUUCAGGUACUAUUGAGACUUUUUCCCUCCGCAGGAAAAUGGAUGAUAGAGGAAAAAGGGAACACAAAGGGAACUUCAAGUACUUUUCAAUCAUGGAAAAUUUUUGUGGUUGAUGUUUUUGGACUCUCACCAUGGGUCCAGCGUGGAUCACGACGUGCCUGCAUCCCUGUGGAUUGGAGAGAGGACAAUAAUGAGCUUGGUGUAAUGGUGCAUUAUCUCUGUUAUGUCUGACCGACCUUUGCAGGCAGUUCAAAAAUAUAUUUUAUUUUUUAGAGCAUAUGAGCUGAACUCAUUGAUUUUGUAAACCACUUUUGUGUGGAUGUACAUACUGCUAUUUUGUAUACUGAAAUAAAGAAAGAAGUAUUUAUAAAAUAAUUAAAUAACCUUCACCAUGA